AUGUCAGAAGAUUGGGAAUUGGGCUGGUUCAAAGCUGAUUUCCCACACAUCAGGAGCGAUCUGGUCAGCAGAGGGCUUUGGGAACUCGGCCGUGUGGCUGGUGGAGUUGUCAGCAGUGUGCUGGUUCAGCCUGUUCUUGCAGGGGAAGAGCGUCCCCCAAGACUUGAAGAAAUGGGGUUUCAGGAGAUAAUCAAGGCUAGUGGGCAUGUGGGGUCGGUGGACGCCUGGGAUGCGGCGAGCGCGCGGGGCUGGGGAGGGGUGCAUGAGGCGCUGCGCCCCAGGGACUCCGGGCCCGCUGCUCCGGCCGUCGGGGACCCCAAGAGCGGGCGUGUGCCCAGGUUGCUGGAACAGGAGUGGACCGGCCGGCGCUCGCAGCUCGUUGACCCUCCCCGGACCGGACCUCUAGGGCUGCGCCAGGUUUCCCCUUCUGCACCUGAGCCACCUCUGACACGUACCGGGGAGUUGGCAACAGCUCAGGCACAUCCAGGGAGCAGGUGGGCGGGCCUGAAGGAGCCCCGCGUCCAAACAGCCAAGUGUGCUUGGGCCCGUGGUGCCGCCUCCUGCGGGGCUAAGGGCUCGGGUGCUUCAGUGGCGUCUUCUUUCAAAAUGACUGUCAAGCUGCGAGCGCCUUCUGAGGUUAGGACUUGGGAGAGCACCUCCAGGGCAGUGGUUUAUCUCGUCUGUCCUGAUGGCAGAAGGGCGGACCCUGCUCAGAAGCCAAAUUCCAGCCCCCGGUCCAGCACAGCAGUCAGACUGCUGAGGGCAGGGCUUCCCAUCACAGCGUCCCGCCCGUGGCUCAUCAGGCCUGGUGACCUGGCAGGGGAUGCUGGAGCUGCCCCAACCCCGUGCACUCACGCCAGGCUUGGGCCCCCCUACGGCAAUGAGCACUUUGUGUCUCUUCUUCCACACAGUGAAAAUAAACUGACAUUUCCCUCUGGCUCACCAACUCCAUCCAGAACGUUCUCUGCACUGAAGGAGUUGGUCCUGAACCGGACAGGGAUAACCUGGGCUCAGGUGCUCCGCUGUGCCUCUGGGUGGCCAGUCCUGGAGAAACUGUACCUUGAGUCCAACAGUAUUGUCAUUUCAGAAAGGCCCGUGGAUGUUCUGCAGACCGUCAAGUUACUAGACCUUUCCUCUAAUCAAUUAAUUGAUGAAAACCAGCUGUUUCUAAUAGCACAUCUGCCCAGAUUAGAGCAGCUCAUCCUUUCUGACAUUGGGAUUUCUUCCAUACAUUUUCCGGAUGCUGGAAUUGGGUGCAAGACGUCCAUGUUCCCGUCCUUGCAGUACCUCGUUCUAAAUGACAAUCAGAUGUCACACUGGUCAGUUAUCAGGGAGCUGGACAAGUUGUCGAGCCUGCACGCCCUGUCAUGCACCAGGAACCCCCUGACCGAGGGCGGCAGAGACCCGCAGACCACCCGCCAGCUCAUCAUCGCCAGGGUCGGUCAGCUCCGAACCCUCAACAAGUGCGCGGUUGAGCCAGAGGAGAGGCACGGGGCAGAGCUCCACUACUGGAAAGCAUUCGGGACUGAGUGGAAGGCGGCUGGCGGCCACCAGGACCCAGACUGGCACCUGCCGAGCGCGGACUUCCUGGCCCCUCACCCCAGAUACCAGCUCCUCUGCCACAAAUAUGGUGCACCUGAGGAUGCGGAACUCAAAAUGCAACAGCCAUUUCAGCUCAAAAACCAGCUACGAAAUAAGAACCUCACAUUCACAGCCUAUUAGCACCAAGUCCCGAGGGGCUGAGCCACACGGAUGACCUGGGGGUGGCUUGUUUCUCUUCAGGACGCCCUGAAAUGAGUACUUCAGUUUUUACACAAAUGAUGGAUUCUCAAAUAUGUCUACGUUCUUAGGUUCAACAUUUUAGCAAGUUUCCAUGCUUGCAGCUCACUGACUAGUGUGAUAAAUGCGGGAACUAGCCAAGCAGGGAACUGAGCUGUGAUUUGGAAAUGUGAGUGUACUUGCGCUUGAAAACCUGGAUGAAUUGUCCGGAAGGCAGUAGUAAAGGGAGAGGGGGAAGCGGCAGAAUGUCGGCCCGGCCGCGGUGGUGCUGGUGGCGGUGACUCAGCGAAGCCCGAAGAGAAGGCACAUUCAGCGCCAGGCCUCCCACCUGUCCUGGGCGCCGAGCCUGGCUGCCCCUAGUCCCUGUGUGUAACUUAAUCCUUACAGCACAGGGCUCAUUCAGUCUCUUCUUUUUUUCUUUCGAGCCCUGAAGAUAAAAUGUCCUAAUGAACUUGAUCAGGAAGUCAUAGAGAAGCCCCUGCCAGGUAACGAGGAGUCUGCUGCCCCUCUGUGUGCUUCAGAACUGCGUGCACGUUGGCAGGAGGGAAACUGCGUCGUGUGUAAACGUGGACUUAGGCAGCUUACGGCUUUUCGCUAGUCUCUCACGUCCUAAAAUACAGUCGAUUGUGCUACCGUCACUCCCCCUGAAAGCUCAGGUCCCCCAUAAAUUUUCAGCUUGUCUGGGAAACAGCUGUGUUAGGAUCGGAAGCCCCGGGUGGCCCCCUGCGUGCGCCCGGCCCUGGGUUCCAGGCCUCUGUGUGCCCCUGGCUGUCUAGUUCCCACGUUGUUGCUCUGGGGGUUUCUCAGCCAGGGAGAUGGGCGCCCUGGGCUCGAGGUCUGUCUGGCUCUCCCUUCAUGAAACAGGAGGCAGCCCCAGGGCGCUGCAUUGUGAGGGGGUGGGCGUAUGUGGCUCGGCAUGAUGCCUGCUCCUCGCCAGUCAAGGGCCCUGCACAGACAGCUCCUGGGCGCUGUCUUCUUAUGGAAGCACUGAGCUGGUUUUCCAGGAAAAAAACAACUUCAGAACUUUACAUCUUGAUGCUACUUGAACUGAAUUCAUUUUAUUUGGAAAAUAAAUACUUUUAUGUCAACAAA